UGAAGCGGCUCUCUUUUCUCGGCCAAUCGAAUAGAGACUAUGAGGUGGUGGAAUUGAUAAACACAGAGAGAGGAUUUAUAUAGAACUAUAUACUGAUAGAAUGGACUGAUAAGCUGCACUCACUAUCUUAAUUAGUGCCGGCGCCGUUAAAUACUUGUGCUGCAAGUUGCUGCCCCACAGUACCGGAUUGGAGAAUCAAUCAUGCAGUUCGGAGUCUUAGGCAGCGGCAUAAUUGGCCUCACGACCGCCCUGGAGCUGCAGCAGCAGUUUCCCUCGGCGCAGGUCUCAAUAAUUGCCGACCGCUUCAACGAGGACACAGUCAGCUAUGUGGCGGCGGGCAUCUUCCGGCCAGGCACCAGUUUCAUGGGCCCCACCCAGGAAAUUACGCAGCAAUGGAUGACGGACGCCUUCAACUACUGGGAUGAGCUGCGCCGCUCCAAGGAGGCUCCUCUGGCAGGGGUGUGCCAGCUGUCGGGCUAUAUCUACUCGCGCACCUCCCCCUCCAUCGUACGGAACCACUUCAUUGAGAAGCUUCUUCCCGUGUACAGACGCGCCACGGAUGAAGAGCUGAAGCUGUGCCAGGGCGGCUGGAAGUACGGCUCCUUUUUCACCACCUGCUUGACUGAAAGUCGCCUCUUCCUGCCGUAUGCCACGAACAAAUUCCUUGAAAACGGCGGGCAAGUGGUUCGCCAGCAUGUGAAGAACUUCUUCGAUGUGCAGCAGAACUUUGAUGUCCUGGUCAACUGCACUGGCAUGGGCGCCAAGGAGCUGUGUAAUGAUCAGCACCUGGUGCCCAUUCGGGGUCAGGUACUGAAGGUGCGAGCGCCGUGGAUCAAGACGGCCUUCUAUGGUGACUAUGACACCUACGUGCUGCCAGGCUUCGAGACGGUCACCUUGGGGGGAUGCCGGCAGUUCGAUAGCUACAACACAGAGUGGUGCAAGUACGACAGCAUGGCCAUCAAGGAGCGUUGCUACGACCUGCUUCCGAGCCUCAAGAAAGCGGAGAUUGUCAGGGAGUGCGUGGGACUUCGUCCGCACCGUGCGAUCGUUCGCGUGGAGCCGGAGCUGGUCACGAAUGCGGAGGGAAGGCGCCUGAAAGUUGUUCACAACUACGGACACGGAGGGUACGGCGUGACCACAGCUCCUGGAACAGCCAAAUACGCCGUGAAGAUUGUACGCGAAAUGCUGGCUGGGAAUAGCAAGCUGUAGGCUCUAGAGCGCUGGUGCAUUGUUAUUUGUUGAUCAUUAAACUGUUAAACUGUUUACAAGCCCAAUCAAAGCCACGCAGAAUC